AAUGGGUGUCGGUGCUUUACAAGGCAAAGGAGCAACCACAACAAGACGCGGAUAUUGAGGGGAUGCGGCAUCGGCACGCGGGAGCUGUCCACCAGCAGCACAGCAACGACGCGGACGCUCGUGACAGUCCAAAAGAAGCAUCUCGUCCAGUCGCCCCGCUCUUUAGUCUGCCGCCCCCACCGCCAUCGAUAAAGGAGCGAUCCACCUCCUCACAUAACAACCGACAUGCACAGUCCUGUCCGGACCGCGGCACCAGGAACGACGAGUGCCUGCCUUUGACCGGCCACUGCAGCCUCGCGCAGGGAGCGCGCACCGACCGUCAGCCUUACAACAACCUGCCGCAACCGUUUCCAGGGGCCUCAGCUGGCUAUCAGUGUCAUUCAGAGGGGAGCCAUUCGCCUCAGCAGAGAUCUUCCGUUUCCCCGCAGCCCUCCCCAUCUGAACUGCUGCCGCCGCCUCUGCCUUCGCACAUUUCUAAUACGCGGGAUACGCGCCAAAAGAGUGCUAAUUACAAACAAGACAUCGUACAGCGUCGCGUCGGGGAGGGGGGGCGUCGAGACCAGUACCAGUUGCUGCAGCAACCUUGUUAUAAUCAACAAAGGGACCCCUCCUUUGAGCCACUCUUGCCAAACUCUGGUCAAGGACACAUAAAUGCGCGCGAGGAAGCCGAGAAGGAGAGGCAAUUAAUUGAGCCUCAGGCUCAGUUACUGUUGGGCAGCAGCUUGCCGAUCAACUACUGCAUCGGCGGAUCGGAGCAAGUGUGCAGAAACAAGCAGGCGCCGCUGUUGCAGCAUCAGCAUCAGCAGGCUCGCGCGCAGGAGCACAGCCUCCAGCAGCAGCACAGUGACCGAGACAGCAGGUACCAGGAGGGGAAAAUCGCGCUCUGUCAGCCGUAUCGAUGCGAGCGCGCGCUGGAGAGAAACUCGUCCGUGUCUAGUAGUGAAGCCAGCAGCCCCCCGUACGGCUCCAGCAGUCAACUGUGGCCAGAGCCCCACGACAAGGAGGAGAAGAAAAAUCGGGCUGGCAAACACAAGGCACAUGCUGAGCGAACAAAGCUGAGCCAUGCUGGAUCCAAGGCCUCCGUCUCCGAGAGCAGUCACUCACUCCCUCAGAUAGCCAUGAACAGCUGCAAGUACAAUGGAGGAGUGGUGAGACCACUGGGCAGCCUGGCAGCGUCACGACGCAACCUGGCGGAGCAUGACUCUGAGACCCAGCCGCUCCAGACCCUGCACAGCUCCGGCCUGGAAGUGGUCGUCUCCAAGGGCGGAGGCGAAGACCCCAGCAAGGCGUCCAAUGAGAGCCUGGUCCGAGAGAGUGGCAACGCACCGCAGAAGAAGAAUAAAGAUAUUGGCUACAAAUUGGGCCACAGGAGGGCACUUUUUGAGAAACGCAAGCGGCUCAGUGACUAUGCCCUGAUAUUCGGCAUGUUUGGGAUCGUCGUGAUGGUAACAGAGACUGAACUGUCCUGGGGGGUUUACACUAAGGAAUCUUCAUAUUCAUUUGCACUGAAAUGCCUUAUCAGCCUUUCCACUGUUAUUUUGCUUGGUCUUAUAAUAAUGUACCACGCUCGGGAAAUACAGCUGUUCAUGGUGGACAAUGGUGCGGAUGACUGGAGGAUAGCCAUGACAUACGAGCGCAUCUUUUUCAUUGUCCUGGAGCUGCUGGUGUGUGCCAUUCACCCCAUCCCGGGCCAGUACGUGUUCACAUGGACGGCCCGGCUGGCUUUCACCUACGUGCCCUCCGUGGCCGACGCCGACGUAGACAUCAUCCUCUCCAUUCCCAUGUUCCUCCGCCUCUACCUGAUAGGCCGGGUCAUGCUCCUUCAUAGCAAACUGUUCACGGACGCAUCUUCACGCAGUAUAGGUGCCCUCAACAAGAUCAACUUCAACACACGCUUCGUCAUGAAGACCCUCAUGACCAUCUGUCCGGGCACAGUGCUGCUGGUCUUCAGCAUCUCCUCCUGGAUCAUCGCAGCCUGGACCGUGCGGGUCUGUGAGAGGUAUCAUGACAAACAGGAAGUCACUAGUAACUUUCUUGGAGCUAUGUGGCUAAUUUCCAUAACUUUCCUAUCAAUUGGCUAUGGAGAUAUGGUCCCUCACACAUACUGUGGAAAAGGGGUAUGUCUUCUCACGGGAAUCAUGGGAGCUGGUUGCACUGCACUUGUAGUCGCGGUAGUAGCCAGAAAGUUAGAACUGACAAAAGCUGAGAAACAUGUCCACAAUUUCAUGAUGGACACCCAACUUUGUAAACGAGUGAAGAACACAGCUGCCAAUGUACUCAGGGAAACAUGGCUCAUCUACAAACACACAAAAUUAGUGAAGAAGAUAGAUCAUGCCAAAGUGCGCAAACAUCAGCGCAAGUUCUUGCAGGCCAUUCACCAGCUCCGCAGUGUGAAAAUGGAGCAGAGGAAACUCAAUGACCAGGCCAACACGCUGGUGGACUUGGCGAAGACACAGAAUGUGAUGUAUGACCUGGUGUCGGAGCUGCAGGAGCGCAGCGAGGAGCUGGACAAGCGUAUUGGCACGUUGGAGGACAAGCUGGACGCAGUCACCGGCAGCCUGCAGGCUCUGCCUUGUCUGAUCUCCCAAGCCAUAACUCAGCAGCAGCAGGAUCUCCUGGAUGGCUUCGUGCACCGCUUCCGGCCCGCUUCACUGGGCUCAGACCGUUCCUGGACCCCAUCCAGACGGCGGCGCUCCCCCUCCACUGCCCCGCACACCUCCUCGGACAGCGGCUAACAGCGGCCUGGACAAGCUCCUGGCUUCCAAAAGUCUCAGACUUCUUCAUGUCCGAUGAUCAAGCCGAGAUGGAGAACUCGUAUUAAUAAGUAGAGAAGAAUUAUCAAAAAUAGUAGAUAUAUGGUUUAUGUUUAGCCAUUGUAUGGCUGUUCAAGUUAGCUUUUUUGUAAAGCCCUCAUAUAUUUACAAGACUGAGUUCAGGAAGCUGGAGUGAGUCCAGGAAACUGGCCCUACAAACUGCGAGAUCACAGGGUCCACGGGAAGGUAAGCAAACAGACAAAGGAGCGACACACCCACACAGAAGAGAUUCACGGGACAUCUCUGCCAAGACGAGCACCUCUGAGCGUCUGGGUGCUCGGCGAUCACUUCAGUAUCUAGCUGGAGACGGAGGAGCACAUGACCUUACUACUGAGUAGAAUAAUGCAGGAAUGCCAACCUUAAGGAUUCAGUUCCCUUGCUCCUUUAAGGGAAAUUGGGUGCAACUAAUCUUUUUUUAGUUACAUAUUGGCAUGUUAUUUUUUUCAGUGCCUGAAUGUAUAGAUUGUGGAGGGUUGUCCAUUUACAAAUUUUGGAGCGAGUUUUUUGUACGAUGUUAACACAAGCAUUGCAUUCCUUUUUCAGAUACAUUCCUCUUGAAGACAUUUGAACUCGUCUGUCUUAACAAAUACCAUUAACUCUGUCGCAGUCUUCUCUUAUUUUCCAAAGCCUUUCAGUACUUCCACCGGUUAGGGAAGGAGGGAGGAAAGAAAGAGAAAGGGAAAUACAGGCAAGAAUGUGGGAAGGAAGGACAGGAAGGAAGAAAUGUAGGAAGGAAGAACUUGUUUCAACUCAAGCAGGUAACACUUUCAUUUGAACUAAAUCUGAGCUUCCAGAAGUCUUCAUAUAACCGAGAGGCUGCAUAUUUGAAUCUGAAAUGACAGCACAGAGUGCUAAAUGCUGUGGUAGGCACAAACGUAUGACAGGACUGAGAUUUAAACCUUGCAUGUUUCAGUGCAAUUGUGACGAAUGGAUUAUGGAUGGUUUUUUCAAACGUAUGUGUGUGUCUUUUGUUUUCGGUUCUUUUCUUUUUUACACAAGAGAUUCCUUUUUAAAAAUUGGAUAGUAUUUUUAGAGUUGCAAAUAUAGCGGUGCAGUAAUGUGGUAAUGUUUGUUUGAUGCAUUCCUUGUUCUACCUAUAAAUGAAUUCCUCGACCAAGAGAUUGACGGAGUAGGAUUAACUCUUAAAUAAAUCAUGAAAGAGUAUCGAUAGAGCAGAAAGAGAUGCUUAUGGAAGACAUUAAAGUGGCUCACAUUUGCACUUUUCUGAAUAUACCGUUAAGGCAGCUUAGAGCUAAAAUCUGUCUUUCCUGUUCCCGUGUAUUUUACUGAAAUCUAUGGUUUUUAAGUAAUCACAUAACCUUAAAGCAACUGACAAUGUUAUGUGUUCGAUGGUGUUGUCACAGAUUAGAACCACUGGUAAAUGACUGCAAAUCAUCUCAUGGUAACUUGCUUUAGAUAUAAAAAAGUUUUGUUUUAUUUUCAACCCAGGCUCAUUCUGAAAACAUACCUCUAUAUACAUUUCUGGAGACCACGAAAUAUGUUGCAGGGGGUACAUUUUUUUGCAGUUUUUGAGAAUCCACCAGAGGCCGCUGUGUACGCCUUUUCAGAUCUCAAAUUUCUCUCAUGAGUGCCAUUCACGCCUGCUGUUCUCGCAUAAACCCACCAGAGGCCACUGUUGACUGACUGUUUGAUUGACUGACUGAGUGAUUGACUGACCGACCCUCCUCCUUCCCUAAACCCAACCAAUUUUAUUGAUUCACCUGCCCACCUACUUCCCUAAACCCAACCAAUUUUAUUGAUUCACCUGCCCACCUACUUCCUUAAACCCAACCAAUUUUAUUGAUUCACCUGCC